AAAACGGUUAGAGGAAGUAGGAACGAAUCGUUAGAUAACUAGUUGCCGACGGAAUCUCUCGGGUGUCGGACCGCUUCCUGUCCUGUGUCCGGUCGAGAUGUUUCCUCUGAGGACGUCGCAGCGGUUAACGUGUCUGUUACUUCAACACGGAAACACAAGUGUGAGAAGUCUGACGUCACGCGUGGUCCAGCAGAACGAUGACGCGCUCGUGAAGAUGGAGAAUCCGUUCAAAGAGCCGCCGAAAGGCUGCGUCCUCUGCAGCGUCCAGGUGGACUACAAGAACGUGCAGCUGCUGUCCCAGUUCAUCUCCCCAUACACGGGCCGGAUCUACGGACGACACAUCACAGGCUUGUGUGGGAGGAAACAGAAGGAAGUGGCUAAAGCUGUGAAGAAAGCUCACUCCAUGGGUUUCAUGUCUGUGACCCACAAACACCCACAGCUCAUGACGGACCCCAACAUCUGUGGAGUCAAACUCCUGGUUUAGAGUGUGUGUUUGAGAGUGUGUGAGAGAGAGAGAGAGAGAGAGUGUGUGUUCAGUUGUGAAUUAAAGCCUGUUGAUUCUGAA